AUGAGCUGGAGGUCACCUGGCCCCCCUCUUCCACGGCUGCUGGAGGUGGAUGAGAAGGGCACAGUGAACAGGAAGCACACCUUACUCCCAAAUCUCACACAGUUCCUCCUGUUUCCUCUCCAGGAUGCAUUCCAGGCUUUCCACAUCAACCCCACCUUGGUGCAGAAGUUCCUCAAGCCGUUGCUCAUCGGAGAACUCGCUCCRGGGGAGCCCAGCCAGGACCGAGACAAAAACUCCCAGCUGGUGGAGGAUUUCCGGAGCCUAAGGAAGGCGGCGGAGGACAUGAACCUGUUCCGAGCCAGCCCUUUGUUCUUCUCCCUUUACCUGGGCCACAUCAUCGCCAUGGAGGUGCUGGCUUGGCUCAUGGUCUCCUACUUUGGGACCGGCUGGAUCGCCACMCUCAUCCUCGCCUGCAUCCUCACAACUUCCCAGGCCCAGGCAGGGUGGCUGCAGCAUGAUUUUGGACACCUCUCUGUCUUCAAGAARUCCUCCUGGAACCACAUCGUCCACAAGUUUGUCAUCGGGCACCUGAAGGGUGCCUCUGCCAACUGGUGGAACCACCGCCACUUCCAGCACCACGCCAAGCCCAACAUCUUCAAGAAGGACCCYGAUGUGAACAUGCUGCACAUUUUUGUCCUGGGAGACACGCAGCCCGUCGAGUACGGCAAGAAGAAGCUGAAGUACCUGCCUUACAACCACCAGCACGAGUACUUCUUCCUCAUCUUCCCGCCUCUGCUCAUCCCCGUGUAUUUCCAAAUCCAAAUCAUCUCGACCAUGAUCAGGCGCAGGUUCUGGGCGGACCUGGCCUGGGCCAUCAGCUACUACCUGCGCUACUUCAUCACCUACAUCCCGUUCUAUGGCGUGCUGGGCUCCCUGUGCCUGCUCACCUUUGUCAGGUUUCUGGAGAGUCACUGGUUUGUGUGGGUCACCCAGAUGAAUCACAUUCCAAUGGAAAUUGAUUCUGAGAAGCACAGAGACUGGCUGAGCUCCCAGAUGGCAGCGACCUGCAACAUCGAGCAGUCCUUUUUCAACGACUGGUUCACCGGGCACCUCAACUUCCARAUCGAGCACCACCUGUUCCCAACAAUGCCACGGCACAACUUCUGGAAGGUGAAGCCUCUGGUGAAGUCGUUGUGUGCCAAGCACGGGGUGCAGUAYGAGGAGAAGCCCCUGGGGAAGGCGUUCGUGGACAUCGUUGGGUAA